AUGGGUCAGUCCUGUCCCAGUCCUGGUCUUGACGUGUGUGUCUUGCAGCGGCCGGUGAACGAUGAGAAGUCUCCGGUGGGUCCUUGGCUCCUCGCGCUCUUCGUCUUUGUGGUUUGUGGAUCAGCCAUCUUCCAGAUCAUUCAGAGCAUCCGACAGGGCAUGUGAUCGACCAAUGAGAGCGCAGCACCGCCCCCGCUCACCUGGACUCACCUGGACAGAACAUGUGACCUGCUCCGGCCAAUGAGAGCGCACACACACAAACCAUACACACACACAAGCACACACACUCAAACACACACACACACACAAAGAGCCUCGUGAAGCUGGGACUCUGAGCCUUUCACGACAUGUCUUACCUCCUCGUUUCCUCUCUCCUCAUCUCUAUCCUCCUCACUCGUCUCCUCUGCCCUCGUCUCCUCUGCCCUCGUCUCCUCUGUCCUCGUCUCCUCGGUUUUAAAGAGCACUGUAGUCUUUGAGCUCUCCUCUGUCUGGAGUUUUCGGUUUAUUUUCUUCUGGUUUGUGCUUCAACGUUUCUUUUUCUUUCAUUCUUGGGCCUUUUCCACACGAAACAGAAACUGGCACAGAGUUCGACGUCUUUUCAAACUUUAUGGAAUAUUUACAUUUAUUAUUAUGAUUUUUUUUUUUUUUACGUUUCUAAUAUUAAACAUUUUGCCUGGUUUAUCUGAAAUUUAGGCUUUUAAAAGUGAACGCUCUGCUCUGAUUGGCCCGUCUCCUCUCUCCUCUCCUCUGAUUGGCCCGUCCCCUCUCUCCUCUCCUCUGAUUGGCCCCUCCCCUCUCUCCUCUCCUCUGAUUGGCCCGUCCCCUCUCUCCUCUCCUCUGAUUGGCCCGUCCCCUCUCUCCUCUCCUCUGAUUGGCCCGUCCCCUCUCUCCUCUCCUCUGAUUGGCCCCUCGCCUCUCUCCUCUCCUCUGAUUGGCCCCUGCCCUCUCUCCUCUCCUCUGAUUGGUUUCUCUGAUCAUGUUGUUUUGUUUUAACUUUUGUUUUUGUGAAUCUCAGAAGAAAAAAAAAUCAAAUUUUUAACUUUUGCUGAAGAUGAGAUUAUAACUGUUUUAAUAAACCACUAAAACGAAAAA